AUGUUUCAGCACGCUUUCCAAAAUGGCCCAGCAGUCGAAGUCAUAAACUCAGGCGAAAAAACACCUCAAUGGGUCAUCAACAAGUCCAAAUGAAAAUCCUUCGAUAAAUCUGUAAAAGGUUACAUCAUUACCUUAGAUUCCCAUACAGCAAAACUCCAAUUUCCAAGUAAUGAAAGGCAAUCUCUAUCUCUCGUGCAGCCUUAUCUUGUUCUUCAAAUCUUUUUAAUCCCAGUGCAGUCAUUUACACUUGAAUUAGGAUUAACAGAUAUCAGCGGCUCCAAGAGGCGGCUAAUGUUCUCUUCUGCUUCAAAAGAAAUCAUAUCUACACCUUUGCAUGCAAGAAUCCCAAAUGGACCUUUUUUAAGAGGGGUCUGGGCUAAUAUUUCUAUUGAUCUUGUAGGGUUUGUGAAUGCUUGCUUUCCUGGAAGUACUUUUAGGUCAUUAGAUUCAAUUACUAUACAUUCAUUCUGUAAAAUCAGAAAAGUUUUCACGAUGAAAAAUCCGAUUUUCGAUACAAGUGAUGCAGGAACUCAUAUGGAUGGAGCUGAAAUGCCACCUAAAAAUUUUGAGUUUCCUCCAGGAGUGCAAUAUGUGAACCAGCUGAUUGUUCCUGCUAUGGUUGUGGCAAUGGAGCUUGAAGCGCCAAUUGAAACACCAAUUAAAUCAAUUCCUAAGAAAACUUGCUCCGAGGCGCACUCAUUAUGGAGCAGAUAGGACCUAUCCUGAAAAACGGGGCCUCUGUCCCUUUUGGAAGUAGGCCUUAAGGUUUGGGCAUGCCUUGCCGAAGAGGGAAAUUUUGUUUCUCCCCGGGGGUUUCCCUGUCCCUGCCAGAUGAGCUAGACAGGCUUUGCCUAAAACAUGGCCCUUUCUUGCAGGGACCAGCGGGACACUCUUCAGUAGUGGCUCUGCCCCAUGGAGCUAAUCCCCUGGACUGGUGGUUCAGGUCGGAAAUUCAAGAUGGUGGCCUUCCAUUUUCUAAUUUGAACUCCAAGGUCUCUCUUUUGGAGCCGAGAUAGGCAAAGGCUAGUAGGUUGCCCGCUUAUGGCUAAUUAGCCAUUUAAUUUAAGAAAACUUGCUUACUCUCCUUCCACCCCUUUAAGAGCAAGCCAAAAAUUUUUUGAUGUAAGUUUUAUAUACAUUAAUAUAUUUAAUUAACAAUUUUUGUAACGAGAUCUCUAAUUAAUUGUAAGAUAGCUUGCAUUCUAAAACUUAAAUUUGAUAAAUUAAAUUAGAUUAUUCUUUUAAAUUAGGAUUUUUUAAAAUCUGAAAAUUUUUAAUAAUGUAUAUAAAAAUCGUUUUUUAAAAAAAAUUAUUCCCUUUUUUAAAGGGGGUGAGCUAGCAUUUGGGACGAAAAUUCCAGCAAAUACAGCGCCGACCUUAAAGCAAAUUCCAAAGAAAGAGCCUCGAACUGCUUCACCUCAACGGAAACAAACAUCAAACACUUCAACCUCAUUUUUUUCAAAACGUGACAACAAUACAGCUAAAUUAAUCCCAGACACUCGCAGCCCAUCUAAAAUUUCAGGCACCUUUGAGCGUGUUACCACCGAGAGUUUUGCUAGCAAAAACUACAACAGAAUCGGUUCAGCUGCUUCAACUCGAUAUGAUGCUAAAGAAGACAUAAUAGAACAAGAAGAAAUUCUAGAAGCCAAUGAAGAAGAAAAAAAAUCCAAUAAAUCUCCCAGUCCAGCGCUUAAAAACAGUUCUCAGCGAUUUUCUGAUUUUUCUGAAUCUUUUAAAUCAGAUGAAAUUGAAUCAGAAUAUUCAAAGCAGCUAUCCUUUUCAAACCCCUUAGACGAUAUGGGCGACGAAGAAAUAAAAGAAGACCCUAGCACUACUGAAAAUUCUAUAUUAAAAUCAGCUCAGAGAAAAUUGACUAAUUAUAAUCAGCCUUCAUAUGGGGCUGCAGCACAAUCCAUUGAAGAAGAAAUUGAUGAGGAGAGAUAUAAUCCUAAUAUUUAUACUCAAAACUCAAUUGACCAUAACUUCUAUCCAUUUGCAAAAGAAAACAACAGAGAAAGUGAUUCUCCAGUGCCUCAUCCUACCUUUUAUGCUCAAGGUUUAAACGAAGCAACACAGGUAAGGCCUUUUACUCCACCUUUCGCUGGGCUAUCUUCAAUGAGAAAUAUAAAAGCUUCAUAUGAAGAAGAACAACAAGCUGAAAUUGAAGGUGAAGGCGAAGGCGAAGAAGAAGCAGUGGAGCUUGUGUAUGAUCCUGUGCUCAAAUGCUACUAUGACCCUAGCACACAUGAGUAUUAUGAGGUAAAUGAUUAG